UGCUAUGGAGGAAGGAUCCACUGAGGAGCUUCUCUUCAAAGACCAGGACUUCUCCUCCGAACUGCUGAGGCAGCUGAAUGGGCUGCGGCAGAGUGGGGUGCUCACUGAUGUUACCCUCUGCUCUGGAGGCUUUGAAAUCCCCUGUCACCGAAACGUGCUGGCCUCCAGCAGUCCCUACUUCAAAGCGAUGUUCUGUAACAACUUUAAAGAGAGUCGCCAGGCUAAAGUCAUCCUGAAAGGUGUUGACUCCGAGAUUUUGUAUCAGAUUAUCCUCUACGUUUACACAGGGGAGAUUCUGAUAUCCCCUGAGAAUGUCCUGUACCUCUUGGAGGCUGCGUCCAUGCUGCAGUAUGCUAAGUUGUUCGAGGCCUGUUCUGCCUACCUCCAAGACAAGCUGACUCCUGACAACUGUCUCAGCAUGAUAAGACUGGCAAAAAUCUUAAACUGCCAAAGCCUUAAUAAGAAAGCCAAGGCUAUGGCUCUGAAAUGCUUUCCUGAGGUGGCCUCUUCCGAGGACCUAAAGGACCUUUGUGCUCUGGAGCUCAGUGACUAUCUUGGGGAUGACGAGCUCUGUGGGGAGGAGGAGCAAGUCUUUGAGGCACUGAUGGUCUGGAUCCGACAUGACCCCCAAGCAAGGCAAGGCUACAUCCAAGACUUGUUCAAGAAGGUUCGGCUUCAGUAUGUCCAUCCUACUUUCCUCUUCCACUUCAUCGCCAGUGACUCCCUCGUUCAGUCCUCUCCCACGUGCAGGAGCAUUCUGGAAUCGGCCCGGAGACACAUGUUUUCCUUGUACAGCACCAAUGCACCUGACAUCAAGCCCAUGUUGCACGUUCCCCGGCGGUACUCUAGCCAGGAGUUCCUCAUCAUCAUUGGCGGCAGGAAGGACAACCAGCAGACAACGAGAGAUGUCUUGCUCUAUGAUGACAAGACCGGCCAAUGGCUGAGCCUUGCCAAACUGCCAAUGCGCCUGUACAAAGCCUCUGCGGUGAGCUUGCACAGCAAUAUCUAUGUGCUUGGAGGAAUGCCUGUAAGCAAUAAGAAAAGCCCAGUCAGUGACAAUAUUUACAUUUACUCCCUCAAACUCGAUCAGUGGAGGCUAGUUGAACCCAUGUUAGUUCCGCGAUAUUCCCAUAGAAGCUUGGCAUACAAAAACUUUAUUUUGUCAUUUGGUGGAAUCGGUGAGAACCAAGAAAUCCUGAAUUCUGUGGAAAGAUAUGACAGCAUCUACAACACCUGUGAGAGCAUGGCAAGCAUGCCCGUCGCCGUCCUUCACCCUGCCGUUGCUGCCAAAGAUCAAAGAAUCUAUCUCUUUGGGGGAGAAGACAUUAUGCAAAAUCCUGUCCGGCUUAUACAGGUUUACCAUGUCUCCAGGAAUAUGUGGUUUCGGAUGGAGACCAGAGUGGUGAAGAACGUGUGCGCACCAGCUGCUGUGAUUGGGGACCAGAUUAUCAUUGUGGGAGGGUAUACACGGAGAAUAAUUGCUUAUGAUACAAAGGACAACAAGUUUGUUAAAUGUGCAGACAUGAAAGACAGACGGAUGCAUCAUGGGGCCACUGUCAUCAAGAACAAGUUGUAUGUCACAGGAGGUCGAUGUCUUACUGCGGACAAUGUUAUCGAAGACUCGGAUUCGUUGGACUGCUAUGACCCAGAGACUAACACAUGGACCCCAAAGGGAAAACUGCCACACAAACUCUUUGACCAUGGGUGCCUUACUCUCCAGUGUGUUCCCUAUUCCAAAUUUCUCUAAAAGGAGUUUUGUAUUCCUCUGCAAAAAGGACCCAGCUUGCUCUGCAUUG